AUGAUCAGGAUUCUACUUUUAAUAAUACCAUUAAUAAAUGGAUGUACGAAAUUCCCAAAUGAUACUAUUUAUGUUGUAUCAACACCUGGAGAAUUAAUUGAGAUAGAUUUAGGUGACAUUUUUGACUAAGUCUUAAAUACGAAUAGUUAAUACAAAAUUUAUCCUGAAUUUGAUUAUGUUAGACUUGAUGAUCAUAAUCCAAUAGAUUUUAUAAAAAAAUCUGAAUAUACUUUAAGUUUAAACAAGAAAAUUAUUUAAUAAAAAUAAUUCAAAAGCACUGAAUAUCUUGAUUUUACUUAUCGUUGGAGUAUUUUAAGCAGAAGAGAAAAUAUGUAUUUCAUCGAAUAUAAUUCUGAAUUAUCAGGGGCUACACCAUUAAUUGACACUUCUUAAUAAUUAAAUUUGAAAGUAGAUUCGACAUGUUAUGAUGUAGUAUAAUUAUUAAAAGUGCAUAUAAUUGAAUGUAGCAAUACUGAAGGGGAUUAUUUUGCUAUUUUAGAAGAAGAAUCACUUUCAACAAUGUAAAUUUAAAAGGCAACUAAUCUAUAAAGAAAAAUUGAUUAAUUAGAUAAUAUUCUUAUAAGAACAUUGACUAAUUAUUUAGAAGUUUAUUAAUUAUUAUAAGAUAAUUAAUUGGUUUUAUAAGGAACCUUAACUUCAGAAAUAUUAAGAGCAUUAACUCAGGAUAACACAUUUAAUCUAGAGAUAGUAGAUUUCAAAAUUCACACAAAUACUUAAAUUACUAUAUUGAAUCAAUAAGGACAAUUGUUAAUUUUAGAAUUUAAUAUUCAAUCCAAGGAAUGGGUAUUAUAUAAAUACAUUCUCACUGAAAUUGAUAAACCUUAUGGAUAUGACUUAGUAUUUGAUGAAAAUAACAUAGGUACUUAUGAAUUAGGAAUCAUCUCUGAUACAAGCUUCUAAUUUUGGUAUUCAACAACUUGGUAUACAGUUAGUUGGAAUAUAAAAGAUUUAAACAAUGAUAUCAAUUCUAAGGUUUAUCUGUCAUUUUCGAAUUAUAUUUUGUUGUAGAAUGAAAAAUCGCUUUCGCUUUAUUAACAUUAUUCUAACAUUCCUAAAUGGUCAAUCAAUUAAGAAGAAUAAACUUUUGUACAUUAAUAUCCACAUUUUUAAAGUUUUUUAUUAUUUAUUUAGCCUUAUUUUUAUGCUUAUAAUUAUUUGGAGAGGUAAUUAAAAUUAUAAUUUUAAUCAGAUAAAUUAAUUAAUGAAUAUGUUGAGUUUUUAUUAGAAAAAAUUACUGUUUAUUAAUAAACUUGCAAAGCAAAAAUAUAUUUUAAGGUUGUGGAUAAAUCGUCAACAGAAAUUUACUAAACAUCACUCGCUCCUCAAAUCACUUGCAUCAAAGAUUAAUAUGAUCUUUAUAAUUAUUGUGACUACAUAUAACAAUAUUAGGGUUAAAAUAUUUAAUUAGAAUUUGAUCAAAAUGAUGUCUUAGAACUUGAUUAUAAUUUAACAAUUCCAUUUGAUAUAUAUUUUAGGAAAGAUUCUGAAAAAGUUAUUUAUCGAAAAAUUCUCAAUUAUAAUCAUUAAUUUGUUGUCAUAGAGUAAAUUGAAAAUAUGUAACUAAAAGCUUAUGUAUGCAGUGAAUAGAUAAAUAAUACUCCUCUAAACUGUCAAAUAACAUUUUAAAUAGAUAAUUUUGUUGAAUUAAUUGAUUCUCCUGUUCAAAGUUGGUAUUACGAUUUGGGUACAGGAAUAAUUUUUGCUUCAGCUCAUGGCAAUUCAGUAGAUAUCUAUUCUAAUUUUAAAUCUGAUAAAUUUAAACUAGUUAUUACAUUUUCAGUGAGCUCGGCAAUUACAAAAAUUUAUGUUAAUUUUUAACAAGUUUGGUUGCUUUGUGAAAAAGAAUUUUCAUAUUAUUCAUUAGAUUUUAAUGAUAAUGAAGCAAAAUUAAAAAUUUAACGAUCUGCUAAUAAUAUUUUUAUUCAAUCUUGGGUUUAAGUUGGCAAUGUCUUAUAUAAUUUCAUUACUGAUUAAACAAUUGAUUUAGAAAAAGAAAAUACUAUUAUAGAUAUGGUUGAUGACAAUCUAUUUUUUGUAUUAGUGAAAAAGAAUGAUAAGUAUUUUGGAUAUACAUAUUAGAGUUAUUAUGGCGAUGUUAAUCACUAAAAAUUUUUUUUAUUUAAAAGUGAAAUAGAUCUGAGCAAAUAUAAAGAAAUAACUAUUGCUAAUCAAGAAAAUUGCUAGAAUUCUGGUUUUAGUUAAUAUAUUUAUUUGAAAGCCUUAAGAGAUGAAAGUCGUGUUCUUUUGUUUUAUCAUCCUCAAUAAAAUUCAAUUAAUUCCUAAUAUUUUGAGCUUAAAAUUUCUGAAAACACUUAAAUUUCCACCUGCGAUUAAAGUCUAUUCUUAACUGAUAAAUAAAAUCAAAAUUUAUAAUAAUAUUUAAUAAUCGAUCACUUUACAUAAGCAAUUCAUGGAAAAGUGAAUAAAGAAUUGAAAUAGAUCUAAUUUUAACAGAUUGUAAAUUUAUCUGGUAGAAUAUUUAACUAAUUUAAUAGCUAUUAGUUAUCAUAAAUCCCUAUAAAUUUAUUAAAUAGAGGAACUGAUUUAUUUGCUACUGUUAAUUAAUUAAAUUUUACAUAUGUAAAAGAUGGAUUGGAUACUCACUGUUUUAAUUUAGGUUAAUCUUGGUAUAGUGGAUAAGCAUUUGAAAUAGAUUUAAAAGAUCCUGUAGAAGACGUAUAAUAUAAAAAAACAUUAAUUAAAUAAACAUAAACGAUUCAAUUUAGUUAAUCGAUUAUGGAAUAUGAUAUUAAUACUUUAGUUUAACUCAUGGAGAAUAAGAUUGUAUUGGUUUCUAAAGCAGAUUUUAACACCAAUGAAUUUCCUUUAGAUGAUUAGUAUAAAUUUACUAUUAUUCAAUAUAUUUAUGAUGACCUCAUUUAUGUUUAAGCAUAAAAAGGUAAUUAUUAAAAUAUUUUCUGUGUGAUUAAUUGCAAAGAUUAUAACUGCUAACUUCAGGAUGGUUGCCAUGAAUUGAAUUCAGAAGGAAAAAUUUUGUAUUUAAAUUAACAUCAUUUUUUUAUGGAAGAUAAUAGUAGAACAUUUAUUCGCAUUUAUGAUACAAAAGGAGAUCCAUCAAAUAUAUUGGAAUUUAGAUUUGUUGAUAAAUUGGAUAUAUUAUAGAAUUCAAACUCUAUAGAUGUUUCUGAAUUGUUUGAAAAUAUCUAUUUGAUCAUAUCAAUUGAUAAAGAAUGUUAAUUAAAUGUUAUAAAUUUGGACGUUUCAAGUAAAUUAAGAAUAAAGUAUUUCUAAUAUUUUAAAAUAAAAAAUGUAGAGCCUCUCCUCAACAAUCCAAAAUCUUAAUGUAGUAGCAUUCUUGUUAAAAAAGAUGAGAUUAUUGUAUCUGGAAUAGUUUAACCUACAGUCAUAUUGAAAUUAGAAAAGUAGUGUAAUUAAAAUUACUGUUUAAUAUCAAUCAAAUCUAAAUCUUUGAUUUAAAUGUAUGCCAUGCAUUAAACAAUAAAAGAUAACUUUAAUGAGAAUAUUUAUUCCAUGUAUUUUCUUGAUCAAUUCAAAAAAUAAUUUGGCUUAUUUUUUUAUGAUACAACAGAUAAUUUUACAAACCUUUAACCAAAUUUAGCAAUAGCUUAUUUGCCAAUCGAAUCUGAAAACUAAACUUCAAUUGUAUACAAUUAUAAUGGAUAAUUGAACUUAUUAAUAGCUUAAGGUAUCAGUAAAUCAUUAGAACAUUAUAUAUUAAAAAGAUCUUUAGAAAUUUGUUCGACGAAAUCUGUUAAUAAAGAUUUGUAAUUUAUUCUGAAAAAUUCUUAUAAUUCAGUCUCGGUUUAAAUUAAAUUAAAUAUAACUUAAAUUAUUCCUCCAGGUCCAGAUCCCCCUGGUCCAGAUCCUACUCCUGAUGAUAAAUAAGGAUUUCCAUAAUGGUUAUUAUGGAGUAUCGUAGGUGGAGUUAUUUUAGGUAUAUGCAUUGGUAUCACAAUAUGGUAUUGUAAAAAAAAGAAACCAGAUCCCUACGAUUAAUUGUGAUUCCUUCGAAAAUGAU